GCAUACCAGAGACAAAAAACAAGCAGACACUGAGCUGCAACUCGGGACACACAACACAGCCUCUGAAAGCUCUCAUCACACACUUCACCGGGACUAAAAUCACUCCUCGGGACACGUAGAGAGAUGUAGGAUAAUUUAUCAUCUUAUUUUUCUGCCAGCAUAAAAAAGGGGGGCUAUAGGGAGAAAAGGGGUGGUGCAUCUGAGCCAGAGAUCCUAUUACACACAUCCAGACUUUUUCAUGGCAAGUUUUUUGGAAGUGGGGGGAGGGCGAAGCUGCAACUUUCUCGGCCUGAUGUCUUUUUCAUACUCAGCCUAAAAUGCUUCAAAUGAGCUCUUUAUAUGGUUUUAAAUUGAUGAUGCGUUUCUUUUAGAGUUGGGGACAGUGUUUUUGGAGCUGUUUGGAUUUGGAUGAUGAAGGAAUCCAGGAGGAUCCAGCAGGGAUCGGACGAGAAGCGCAGAAUAAAAAAGUUUGGGAGGACUGCGAGAAAACUGUAAAGCGCCCUGCAGAUUUCCCGCACCAUGCCGCGUUUGGAAACUUGUUUUAAAUCCAGUGAAGAAAACUUCAUGUUUGGAGUACCUGGGAAACAGGAGAAUUGAAGAAUUCAAAGUGGUUUUAUUUGUGCACAGCUGAAUCUGUUCCUCCCCAAGAUGUCUUCCCAGGGUCGGAGCCCCAUUGUUGGAUUUUACGGGAUGCUUUGCGUCUGGGCUGCCGGGGCGGUGUUGUCUCCAAACGGGACCAUAUUUGAGGAUAACUGCAAGAAAACCACAACCUGCGAGGCACUUAAAUACAACACAUGUCUGGGAUCACCUUUACCAUACACACACACUUCUCUGAUCCUGGCGGAGGACUCAAGCACCCAAGAAGAGGCUUUUGAGAAGUUGACCAUGUGGUCUGGUCUGCGGAACGCUCCUCGCUGUUGGUCAGUCAUCCAGCCUUUACUCUGUGCCGUCUACAUGCCCAAAUGUGAGAACGGUCGGGUGGAGCUGCCCAGCCAGAGCCUGUGUUUGGCUACACGUCGACCAUGUAGCAUCGUGGACCAGGAGAGAGGCUGGCCCAACUUCCUCAAAUGUGACAAAUUCCCUGUGGGCUGUUCGAAUGAGGUCCAGAAGCUGAAGUUCAACAUGUCAGGCCAGUGUGAAGCUCCCCUGGUGAAGACAGACAUUCAGUCCAGUUGGUACAAAGACGUGGAGGGCUGCGGGAUCCAGUGUGACAACCCUCUGUUCACUGAAGAGGAGCACAAUGACAUGCAUGCCUACAUCGCUUACUUCGGCACCAUCACCCUCCUCUGCACCUUCUUCACCCUGGCCACGUUUCUUGCCGACUGGAAGAACUCCAACCGCUACCCAGCUGUCAUUCUCUUCUACAUCAACGCCUGUUUCUUUGUGGGCAGUAUCGGCUGGCUGGCACAGUUCCUGGAUGGAGCGCGUGAAGAGAUUGUGUGCAAGAGCGACAACACCAUGCGACUCGGAGAGCCCUCGUCUUCGGAGACACUGUCAUGUGUCACCAUCUUCAUCAUCGUGUACUACUCCCUGAUGUCGGGUGUGAUUUGGUUCGUCAUGCUGACUUAUGCCUGGCACACGUCCUUCAAAGCCCUGGGCACCACCCACCAGCCACUGUCUGGCAGAACCUCCUACUUCCACAUGGUCACCUGGUCCAUCCCCUUCGUCCUCACUGUGGCCAUCCUGGCUAUCGCUGAGGUGGACGGAGACUCAGUGAGUGGGAUAUGUUUUGUGGGCUACAAGAACUACAGAUACCGUGCUGGGUUUGUGCUGGCUCCCAUCGGAGUGGUGCUUGUUGUCGGCGGUUACUUCCUCAUUCGGGGUGUCAUGACUUUGUUUUCCAUCAAGAGUAACCACCCAGGUCUACUGAGUGAGAAAGCUGCCAGCAAAAUCAACGAGACGAUGCUGAGACUUGGUAUCUUUGGAUUCCUCGCCUUUGGCUUUGUUUUCAUCACCUUCGGCUGCCACUUCUACGACUUCUUCAACCAGGCUGAAUGGGAGAGGAGCUUUAGAGAAUAUGUGCUGUGUGAAGCCAACGUGACAAUCGCCUCUCAGACCAACAAGCCGAUCCCAGAGUGCACCAUCAAGAACCGGCCCAGCCUGAUGGUGGAGAAAAUCAACCUGUUCUCCAUGUUUGGGACGGGAAUAGCGAUGAGCACCUGGGUCUGGACCAAGGCCACCAUCCUCAUCUGGAAGCGGACCUGGUGCAAGAUCAUUGGCCGUAGUGACAAUGAACCCAAGAGGAUCAAGAAGAGCAAGAUGAUCGCCAAGGCAUUUGCGAUGAGGAAGGAGCUUCACAAGGACCCAGAGAAGGAGCUGUCCUUCAGCAUGCACACCGUGUCCCAUGAGGGACCAGUGGCUGGAAUCAAUUUUGAGCUAAAUGAGCCUUCGAAUGACAUGUCGUCAGCAUGGGCGCAGCAUGUGACUAAGAUGGUGGCCAGGCGAGGUGCCAUCCUGCCUCAGGACAUCUCUGUGACUCCGACUGGUACACCAGUGCCGCCUCCAGAGGAGAGGAACAGGCUGUGGAUGGUGGAGGCUGAGAUUUCACCAGAGAUGAUAAAGAGGAAAAAAAAGAAGAAGAAGAGGAAGAAGGAGGUGCGUCCAGCGGAAGAGGCGGUGGAGCACCAGGCUUAUCGACAGCGUGAGUUCGGUCGCAGCUCCGUGCCUCGCCUGCCCAAACUGCCGUGCCACCCCAGUCUGGUCGCUAACCUGCAGGAACAGCAGAAGCUGGAGGAGGAGGUCCUGCCGGGGUCCUUCCCAGAUUUCCAACACUCCCACCCUCUGUCCUGUGAGGAGAGGUGUCCCUACCCUCCCUACCAGAGCAGUCGGAACAGCUAUGGCCUGCUCUCUAACCCUCUAACCUUCAAUGACCGCCCGGAGGAUCUGGGUCUCGGCCCACGCUGCCUGCCCUCAGCCUCCACCUGGCAGCCCAGUGGGCCUUCCCGCUACCCUGGGGAGAUGGAUCUUACAGACGGGCUGUCUGAGAGGUUGGCCCAUGUGGCUCGGGUACCGGCAGGCCGAAGGACCGGCUAUGGACCCAUUCACUCCAGGACCAAUUUAAUGGAGGCAGAGCUUAUGGAUGCUGACUCUGACUUCUAAGAGCAGUGCUCCAAUAUAUAUCUUAGUGGUGCACAGACAGUGAGCGACAAAAAGUGCUGGAUACUUUCAAACUUCUUACUAAAGUGCACCCAGUUCCUUAUACCCAGAGGUCAAGAUGGAACUAAGCUGGUCAGUUUUUUAUUGUCUUAUUUUUUUUCUUCUCCUUUUUUAAUUUAGACAAAACAAAGGGAUAAAGUGAAAAAAUAUGUUGUGAAUAAGUUAAUGAAAAAAAUAUUUUUUUAUACUUUAUUUGUGUCCAAGAAAAUUUCAAAGGCAACUCCAUGAUGGCAAGACAAAUGAGGCAGCUAAACGUUAUGUGGCUUGAAACAGAUAUUUUUAUUCUGACAGCACCCUCUGCAUUCAUCAGCUAGUAUCAGCCCAGCCCCGUCGCAACAUUUAACUAAAUGUGGCAUGUUGAUUAUUGACACAGUCAACUUGGGUUUUGAAUUAUCGGUAAGGAGAUUUGAAGAGUCAAUUAUGUUCUUUAUUUGUACUGUCCCAGCCAGGGCAGGAAGACCUGACUCAUACAGAAGACCAUACAGGUACAAAAAGAAAUGCUACGGGCUACUUGCAAAUACUGUUCAACCCAGGUCUUCUUUUGUGUUAUAUUUUUGUUUUUAGGACUCACUUUCUCUCCUCCCACCACUUAGCCAUCAAUUACUUCUGUGUAUGUACAGUUAACUUGAGGUACUAACCAUUAUCUCCCUCUCCUAAUAAUACUUAUAUCACAGAAUUUAUACAGAGAGACUUUGAGAGGCUUCUUUAAUCAUUUGUGACACAUGUUUUGACUUACACAGAAGCCAGGAGGUACAGAGAAAGAUGAAAUAUGUAUAAAAUGACUCAUUUUGUACGCUCAUUUACUUCAGAUUUUAACCCAAAUUAUUAUCUUGCCUUUACUUUUCUCAAUUUAUUUGUCAUCUGCAAAGUAAUAGUGACAUGAUUUAUUUAAAGAAUAACUUAAAACCAGGCUGAAAAGCUGUGUUUUUGCUCCCCUCUUCUGGUUAAAGUAUUAGCACACCAAUAAACCCACAGACAGUAUAAAAUAAUGGACGUACCCAGCAUGGCAUCACCCAUUGGUUUGUGGACUCCUGUUUUGAAGCAUUUAGCAUUUUGGCCGUCACCAUCUUGGAUUUUUGGAGCCAAAAGUGACCAUAUUUGGACGACAGGCUGGAGAUAACCCUAACGCUAGCUGCUAGCUUGGUUAGCAUGGUGUAUUUACAGCUAUGGUUAGCUGUGAUAAUGCUUAAGCUAAAACUAUCAAAACAAAAUGUACUUUUCAAAAUGACUCCUUAGAGGGUCUUUUAGUACAACCUAAUGUUGAACAGGACUUUUUUAGGUGACAAGAUGUGACAGUUAACUUUCAUGAACUGAAAACACACUGAAAUAGCAACAGCUAUGGCUACCGCUACACUCUGUGAGUCUGGGGUUACACCAUGGUUAUGUUACCUAAUAAAUGUUGCUUCCAUUGUGCAGAACUUUAAGCCUUAAUAACAUUUAAACGGGCGAGUUAUAUAAAAAUGUACCCUCUAUACAGUUGUCAUGAAUGGGAAAUUAGCUGUAGAGACCAAAACCGUCUUUUAUAACAGGCUGUAAACAUGUUUAUUUCUGCUUUAAGGUCUAAAAUGGAGGUCUAUGGGGAUUAUAUGGCUUCUGGAGCCAGCCUCAAGUGGUCAUUCAAGGUUUUGCAGUUUUUGGCACUUCCAUGUUGGCUUCAUUUUUCAGCCCUGGAGGUCACCGCUUGGUUGAACCUCUAAUCAACUCAACAGUGAUGUCACCAAAUCUCAAAGCACAGUUGGACAUCACUAGCAAGGUGAAAAGUUAAACCACUAGAGGUCAGCAAAAGACAUCAGUGGGUGUUUUAAGUUACUUGUUAAGGAUACAAAGUUACUGAGCUGAAAUACAUACUAACUACUAACACUAAUGGUGCAAUAAACCAACAGUUAGCUUCUUAUUUGCCCUGAGAAAAUGACUGAAAUGAAUGGAAAGGCCGUCUUUUUCAAAACGAGUUCUCCUUGUAUAUUUCAGAACAUUUUUUCUUGUUGAAAGUGUUAUUUUUUUACAGCAGUAUUUCUACUUUUGUUACCCUGUUGUACAUAUUCAAUCUAAACUGGGCGUCAUAUAUGUUUUUUCUCCUCUUCAGUCCAGUUGAAAAUCUUUUCUACGAUGUAUUUUAGACUACAGUGGGCUUAGACGUCACUUUUUUCCUACAUGCUUCUCAUUUUCAGUGUGUCUGUUUCUACAUGUGUGUACUGUACAUAGGUUGUUCAUAGAUUCCUCAACAAGGGUAUUAUUUGUACAGAUUUAUAUAUCAAAUGACUUGAUUACUCUGCUGAUAUGAUAAAUAAAAAGGGAAGAGUCAACUAUGCUAUAAGAAGUUGUCACUGUAUGUGUGCUGUAACCAAAAUUUCGCCUAGUAUUUUCAUUUUACACUUAAUGUGGAUAAAAUAUGCUGAAGUAGACUGUGAUAGGCUGCUUCUUAGUCGAUGCUAAUUAGUUUGUCUAAUGUGUCUAGUUAUUCAUGUCACGUGUGUUUAAUGGAGAAUUAUUUAUGUUAUCAGUAGUUACCACACUGCUAUGGAUUCAGUUUGGCAACAUCUGCCCAAAAUGUUCAUGUUCAAAGAUUAUUAGGAGACUAAAUGAAGAUUACUUUGGAAAUUUUGUUUUACUUUUCAUGCCUGGAUAAGUAAUAAUUCUGUUUUUGUAAGCUGUCAAAAAGAUUAAGUUCCUACCAGCAGGCCGUGUGAUGCUUUCUGUGUUUAGUCUUCCAACUGUGUAAAAAAGAAAUUACUGUCACUUUGACUGUGCAGCUGUACUUUUUGUUUUUAUAUGUAAAUAAAAGUAACCCUACAC